AUGAAUCUAGCCCUGAAAUCAGAAACGAAGUCAGGAGCAGCCACUGCAGAUAAAAUCGAGCAAGAUAUGAACUUAAAGGUAGCCGACAGAUUUGACUGCUCGAAGCUCUACAGUCAGAUAGAAAAUAUGAAAAGUGACUAUGAUAACUGGAAGAACAUGCUCCAAAAGGCCCAUUUCAAAGUACAGAACGAGCUUAAACUGUGGGAAAGGACUUUUGAAAAAGUUCAAGAAACUGCAAAAGACAGCAGUGUCGAGACUACUUUUGAUGUUAAAAAUGACGAAAAUGAAAUUUUUCUGACUUUCACGAACAUGCCCAACCAAUUGAAGUGCAUCAAAAUUAUGGACGACAACCGCGUGAGGAGCUUCACUUUACCCGACGGCUUGGAGUGGAUUCAAAAUAAUAUUGCAAAUCUAAAUCAAUCAUUAAAGAAAAUCGACCUUGAUCAGAAUUAUGUGAGUACUCAACAAGAAAAACUCUACGCGACGAAAAAAUAUUUAAUGAAUAAUCAAAACGCAAUGGGAACUGUGGGACAGACCAAAGUGAAUGGUAAUUUGGUAAAGAAACCUAAUGACCCCACAACACUCAUGAAUCAUAGGGAAUCGGAACUUAAGGCAUUUAUGCUAAAAGCUGAAGAAAACAGCGUCUUAAUUAACAACUUGACGGAAGAAGUUCUUGUUUUGCUAAAUAACCUUACGAGCAUGAACUCUGAAAUGUUGACAGAUUCAAUAGUUGAUGGUAUUAGAAAAGAAAUCGACGAGUUCCUGAAAAGAUUUGGAGAAGAGAACAUAACAGCUAAGACGGAUAAAUGCUCCAGUAGCAAUCCAAGAAGUCCGACAAAGAUCGCCCCUACUAAAUAUAUAUCGAAAAAUACCUACCACACUAAAAAUUAUUUCAAGGAUAUGGGAUUCAUCAAAAAAUUGUUGCCUACUGCAAAUACACACAAAAGUGAACCAGUUCUAGUCGAUUUAAAGGAUAUUAGAAGGAUUCAAAUCAAAUUGAUUGAACUUAAUAGAAGCGGUGGCACUAAAAAUGGGUUAUCUACGAAUCAAUCGAACCUUAGCGAUUUAAGUGACAUUCAACUGGGUGAUAAGUUUUCUGUUCAAAUAAUCUCGAGCGAAAGUGAUACAAAUAAAAUUGGCUCACAUGUAAGUGAAAGUGCGAACUAUUCUCUUCAUAUAAAUUUUGUUAUAAAUCCUGGCGAUAUCACCAUAUCUAAAAUUGAUUUGGAAAGAAAAGAAAAUGAUUUUGCGACUGAAGCGAAAACAUAUGUAACAGAACCGAUUAAAAUCGGGGCCAGUGUCCAAAAUUCCAAUAAAACCCAAACUAUAUUUUGUAAGGAUUUAAAUACCACCAAAUCACCAAAGUGUGAUUCGAAUGCAAUUCUAGAUCAAUCGACGAGUGAAGCUAUAAAACCAUUGAACGGCAAAAAGGAAUCUGCACCAGAUGAAAUGAAUAAUGAAUCACCUGAAGGGAUGUGCAAGUCAAAAUGUGAAAAUGACUCGGUUUCAUGUCCUCCUAAUUAUCCUUCGAAAGCGGCAUAUGAAUUGGAAAAAUGCUUAAAGCUGAUGAGAAGCACGUUAGAAUCAAUCGAGCUUGACUUUGCAGAAGCAGAUAGUGCCACUGAUAUUGAUCCCACUGAACAACGUUCAAAUAAAAAUGAAUUGAAAUCUAAUGAUGGAUAUUAUAAACAUUUCAAUUCUAGAUUGCAAGCUUUUCCCGAUCUUUUACGAGACCGUAAACAUGAAACCACCGUAAAUGAGGAAAUCUAUGCAGAAUGCAACUCAAAACAUAUUUGUAAAAAUGAAAAUAGUAACAUAAAUAUAGAAAUUGAGUCCGGCAAGGAAAAAGUUAACUCCAGUAUUUCGGAUAGAAAUUUCACGAUGAUUACAAUUCAAGUGGGCAAUGAUGGUAAAAAUGAUGAUUCUUUUGAUCAAUCUGCGACUGAUGAUUUGAAAUCUAAAAUAAAAGAAAAUAAAAUCUUUUCUGUGCAAGAUAUGGUGAAAUAAUAUUAAGGAAGUGGAGUUCAAUAUGUAAAUGCGAAUUCUAUUACAAUUGUAUAAUAUUGUACAAUCCAAUUUUUAUAAUAAAUUUGAUAAU